AUGGACUUAUUAUCACAAGAUGAAAGAAAAGUGCAGGCAGUUGUUGAGGAAAACACAGAGGAUGUUAAUCCAAAAAGAGGACGUGGACGCCCCCGCAAGAUGGACAAGCCUGAGAAAAUCAAAGUACCUGGCAGAGGGCCUGGACGUCCUCCUAAAAUUGACAGUCCAGAGAAGUUAGCUAAUAUAACAACCGAAUCAGAUGAUGUAUACAAAGAAGAGAAAUCUGAUGAAGGGGUUCAACAGAAUGGCAGAGGUCGUGGACGUCCUCCAAAAUGUAACACAGAAAGAAGUAUGGGCCUGAAGUUGUUAGAGGAAGAAAAAGAAGAAUCAACAGAAGAAAUGGAGAGGGACUUAAAACUAAAGAAAGGUAGAGGACGUCCUCCAAAAAGGAACAGGGAGCCAGAAAAAAUCAAAGUACCAGGCAGAGGGCAUGGGCGCCCACCAAAAUCUACAACAUCAAAUAGUCUAAACAUGACAUCAGCAGCAAAUGAUUCAGAGGAUGAAGUCAUUCCAAGUAGCAGAAGUCCUUCUAACAGUCACUCACCAAGCAGCAUGUUAUUGCCAACAAUUAAUAAACAAGAAUCACCAGAGGAAGAGAAAGAAGAGGGGGAGAUGAGCGUUAAUCCAAAAAGAGGUAGAGGACGUCCCCCCAAAAUGGACAAAAAGCCAGAAGUUAUAAGAGUACCUGGCAGAGGGCGUGGCCGUCCCCCCAAAUCUGCAAAGGAUUCUUUGAACAGGUAA